AUGGCCGCGCCGCCGACACGCCCUACUCUGCCCCCGCAACGCCACCGCGCCCAGUGCACAUUCCGCGCGCGCCCCGCCUUCCCAUCCGCGCCCGCGGCCACCCCGCCGCGUCCUCGCGUCAGCCAUCCGCCCGCUCACCUGCUGGUCCUCCCGCGCCCACGCCUCCACCAUCGGACCACGGGCAUGCCCGCAGCCCUCCCCCACUGCUACACCGCCCGCGCGCGCACGUCCCACCGCCACGCGCCAGCUCCGGACCACGGCCAGCGCGUCGUGCCGCUCCCCUCGCCGCCUGCGCCGCGCUCGUCGCCGUCCCCUGCCCGGCACCACUCCGGCACCAUCUGCCUCGCCCCUACCACCAAGCCUGGUGCUAAGAAGAAAGCUCCUGCCAAAAGAGUCCCAAUGUCAAAACCUCGGAAAACUACAGCUCCACAAGAGACAAUGACAUUCACUCUUGAGAAAUCAGAUGAUGAAGAAGCUUUUGUUGGUAAGAAAAAGAAGAGGACCACUGCCACGGUGCUUGGCAAGCCUUCCAUGAGGGAAGAAGAAGAUGAGGAGGAGGAGGAACGAGUUGCACCUCUAGCCAAAACACAGAAGCUCAUGGAAAAUGCCAUGAAGUCAGCUGCUGCUCCCUCCAAGCCUAAGCCAAAACCCAAAGCUGCUGCACCCAAGAGGUCAACUAGAAACAUUCAGCUGCUAAGAAGAACAAGGCCCCAGUGCCUGAAGUUCAGGAUGGUCAUGAGCCACUAG